AUGUUCGAAGCCAGCUGCCCUGAAAGGAAAGUACUGAGAAUGGAAGUUACUCAGACUCUAACAGAUAAUUUUACAGAUGUCGAAACUGGAACGAUCAUCGUUGUCGAAGGCUUUUGUUGCGAAAUGCAAGACUUUCAGUACCAAUACCAAACUGACGAUAUGGCUGUGGUCAACAUGAUGAUCCGAAAACUUCAAGGAGAUUUCGACAAAAAAGGAUUCAAUGCUUGCAAGGCGAAGUCAUUGCGAUUUGCGCUGCUUGAAUUAUUACGAAACCCGUGCGAUAAUGAAACAGAAGAAACUAUCACAUGCCCGUUCGUUUAA